AUGGCCAUGCUGGUGGACUGUCUCUUAUUUACCAUAGUCGGUAAGCAAACGGCCAAACAUGGAAAAUAAACUUUUUAAUCCUUAAUUUUGUGUUUUCAGUCCCAAUUCUCCCCGACUACUUGAUCAGAAUCAAAGAAUCUAACGACACUUCGUAUCUUGAUGCAUCGUAUCAUCGACAAGAAAUAUCCAACUUUACAGAGCUAGAACAUGAAGAAAGUUAUCACGAAGCCUUUGUCUCCAAUAGUAUUCCUGUAGCGAUGUUGUUGGGGUCAAAGGCAGUAGUUCAAAUUCCUGUUGGACUUAUGGUUUCGCAAAUUACUUACAGGUAAACUUUGCACACAGCAGAUAAUUUUUAUACACAGGUAUUACAAUUAGCCCUCAAGGAUGGCAUCCAGGGGAUGUUUUGCCCGUUUAUUUUGCCUAGGGCUUAUACACUAAUUGCUCCGAGUUUUGACUCGAGUUUUUAAAUUUCCUCCACUUUUAGCUUGUGCCGUAAAAAUAUGCAUGGCGCAACAGAACCUGUAUGAAGCCAGCUCUGUAAUACAAUACCUUUUUCUUUCAGAAUUGGCUACUCGAUCCCGCUUUUCAUUGGAUUUAUAAUCAUCAUCGUGUCUUCCUUGAUGUUUGCCUUCAGCACUUCUUACUGGACCCUCCUUCUAGCCCGCAGUCUCAACGGUGUUGGCUCUGGUUUCAGUUCUGUAUCAGGGCUUGGCCUCUUGGCUGAGACGUUCCCUGAUAACAUUGCUCGAGGCAAGGCGAUCGCUUUGUGUUUUGGUGGGAUAGCAAUCGGAAUUACUGCCGGCCCAACAAUCGGAGGAUUCUUGUAUGGAAUUGGAGGGAUUAUACUGCCUUUCGCACUACUAGCGGGAUUUUCGUUGAUUGAAGUUGGUAAGAAAGCAUUUAUUAAAACUCAUAGAACAGUCGGAAAGGUAG